AUGAUGAAAUUCAAGAAGUACAGAGACAAAAGCAACAAUGGAAGAAAAAACAGAGAAAGAAGAACACACAAGAGAUAUCACAAUCAGAGAAGCAGAGUAGAGAGGGGAAGAAGAAAAUCGAAGGAGAGAGUUGAGUCUUUAUGGAAAACGAAAAGACGAAGAGGAAGAGAGACUUUACCAGAAGAAACCUUGACGUACGGAGAUUGGAACAACAAAGGGGAAGGAAGAAGCCAAGGGAAGUGUGUCACAUGGAAGAGAGAGAUUGCUCAGUUGUGA